GCGAAGCGAAACUGAACAGAACGGGAGAAUUCGUGUUUGUUGUGGAGUUGAAGAAUGAUAUGAUAGAGUUAAUGUAUGGAAAGGGACUUCAAUAAAAUAUAUUCAGACGUUGGUUCUGGCUUCUAAAUUAAAUUAAAUAGAUAAUGAUUAUGCUGUUGGAAUGAUUUCAUGGCUGGGAUCUUUGACUAAUAUUUGGCAGUCAACAUUGAAAAAUGUUUAAACCUAAAGAACUUCCUCGUUUGACUAACUUUAUUCGAGCUUAUGGCGAAGUUGCUGCUCCAUGGUCUGGAAAUAUUCAGUAUGAUCCAGAAGCAUUAAUUAAGAAACGGAUAGAAAAACGUGAAAAGCAGGCUAAAUUAUUUAGCAUAAAGUCUAUGAAAGAAUAUCUUUUAGAAUAUUCUACUUGUUCACAAAAUGAAGUGGAUGAUAUUAUUAAAGAAUUUAUAAAUCUUGCGAAAGCAAUUGCUGGCUCAGAUGCUUCAACUUCAGUUAUUGAAGGCUCUAUUGUAUUUUUAAUUGAAUUAUUUAGAGACUGUCGAAUAAUAGGUAUGAAAGAGAAAUUUAAACUUAGAGGACAGUUUGGUGAAUAUCCUCCAUCUGCUGCUUCUAAAGCCUUUGAGCUUGUUAAAAGAAUGGUGACUUCUUUGAAAUCAGAGGCACAAGAAGAUUUCAUUUCAAAUGGCUUUCCAAAAUCUGAUGAGCUAAUGGCUGAAGAAUUUGGAUCUAAAAUCAAAUUUAUCGAUCCAUCACCCCCAGAUGAUAGUUUUUAUCUUGUUCCUGUGAAAGAUUAUUCUAGUGAAAUAAAAGAAGAUGCUUUUGAAAGGUUGAGUUUUAAAUUUAUACCUCCUCCUCCUCCUAAAGAAGUGAAAACUGAACAAACUGCUCCCAAGCCAGUUAAUAUUUCUAGAAAGUUUGACCAACAUUGGCUGGAAAAAGAAUUAGCAAAAUCAAUGGGAUCAAAUUCAGAACAGUUCUCACCUACUGAAUUUGCUCUCACUGUGAUACAACUUUUAAAAUCAAAAUCAAAUGAAGAAGUUCAAAGCGAACUGUUUGAUCUUCUUGGCUUUGAUAAUUUUGAGUUAAUACAAAAUAUUUUAAAUCAUCGAGAUGAAAUAUUGGCUGUUAAAGUAAUAGAUGCUAAUACGAAGGAUGUAUAUGAAAAAAAUGAAAAACGUCCUGUAUGCAUGUCACAAGUUAUUGUACAGUCGGAAACUGAGAAACUGCUCUCUAAACAAAUUCGUAAAGAUGAGAAAAAGAUUCAGCGAGAUAAGAUAUUAGGAGAGGAAAAUGCAGCAGAUUUUAAUCUACAACGUUGGAAGCAACUAAGGGAAGAAGCACUUAUCCAUGCUCGAAAUCAACCUAUAUUCUAUCAUCCAGCUCCUGAAAUGCCAAUAACUCAUAUUUAUCCAAAUGUCUUUGAUAUAAAUGCAGAAACAAGAAUGUCGGCAUCUUUCAUAAGUGGGAAAAAGUUAUGUUUGCCUCCAAAUCAUACAAGGGACAACAAUUCAGUCUUUGAAGAAAUUCACAUACCAGCUGCUAAACCAGUAUCAGAUAUAAUAGAAGUUCAAAGAGUCCACAUUUCAGAUUUAGAUGAGGUUGCCCAGUCAGCUUUCAAAAAUACUAAAGCUCUCAACUUAAUUCAGUCAAAAGUGUUCGAGACAGCAUACAAAACAAACCAUAAUAUGCUUGUUUGUGCUCCAACUGGUGCUGGAAAGACUAAUGUUGCUAUGUUGACAAUAUUAAGAGAAAUAAGAAAUAAUAUUGUUAAUGGAGUCUUGGAGAAAAACAAAUUUAAGAUUGUAUACGUUGCUCCUAUGAAAGCUUUAGCUGCAGAAAUGGUUAGAAAUUUUGGUACAAGGUUAAAAUCCUUGAGCAUUCAAGUGAAAGAGCUUACUGGUGAUAUGCAAUUAACUAAAAAUGAAAUCAUGCAAACUCAGAUGCUUGUCACUACUCCUGAAAAAUGGGAUGUUGUGACUAGAAAAGCUACUGGUGAUGUUGCUUUAUCACAAUUAGUGAAAUUAUUGAUUCUAGAUGAAGUUCAUCUUUUAGACAGCGACAGAGGACAUGUUCUAGAAGCUCUUGUGGCUAGAACUUUACGACAAGUGGAAUCAUCUCAAUCUAUGAUAAGAAUUCUAGGGUUAUCUGCCACACUUCCUAAUUAUAUUGAUGUGGCCAGCUUUUUGCGAGUCAACCCAAUGGAAGGCCUUUAUUUCUUCGAUGAUAGAUUUCGACCUGUGCCACUUGCUACUACCUUUAUUGGAGUCAAAUCAGGAAAUACAUUACAGCAAAUGAAAGAUAUGGAUGAAAUUUGUUAUGACAAAGUAGCUAGACAACUGAUUAAUGGCCAUCAGGUGAUGGUGUUUGUUCAUGCCCGAAGUUCAACUGUGAGAACUGCCACUAUUUUGAAAGAAAUAGCACAAAAGAAGAAUGAACUUCAUUUGUUCACUGAUGCUCAAAAUACCUCAGAAUAUGGUAAUGCCAGAAAUAAUAUUCUAAAGUCAAGAAAUAAACAGUUGAAAGAGCUGUUUGAACAUGGCAUUGCUAUUCAUCAUGCUGGAAUGCUAAGAUCAGACAGAAAUUUAGUUGAAAAAUAUUUUAGAGAAGGCCUUAUAAAAGUUUUAUGCUGCACAUCAACUUUGGCUUGGGGAGUGAAUCUACCAGCCCGUGCUGUGAUAAUAAAGGGGACAGAAGUGUAUGAUUCAAACAAAGGUGCUUUUGUGGAUCUGAAUGUUUUAGAUGUGAUGCAGAUCUUUGGCAGAGCUGGCCGCCCACAGUAUGACAACAGAGGAGAAGGAGUAAUUAUCACUGCUCAUGAUCGAUUAGGUCAUUAUCUGUCAUUAUUGACUAGGCAACAUCAAAUCGAAAGCAAGUUUGAAGAGAGAAUUGCUGAUAACUUGAAUGCAGAAAUAGCUCUUGGCACAGUAACUAAUGUUGAUGAAGGUAGUGAAUGGCUGAGUUAUACUUAUUUGCAUGUGAGAAUGAUACGGAAUCCACAUGUUUAUGGCUUGAAACCUGAAAAGAUAAAGAAUGAUUAUAUGCUUUAUGAACACAGAAAGUCUUUGAUCCACAAUGCAGCUCUUAAGUUGAAUAAAGCUCAAAUGAUUAGGUAUGAUAUUCAGAAUGGUUUCCUGAACAUUACUGAUAUGGGGCGAACUGCCAGUCACUUUUACAUUAGUACUGAAACAAUACUUCGUUUUAACGAAAAACUCCGGGGCAGUUACAUGCAUGAUGCUCAAAUUUUUGCACUAAUAUCUCAAGCCCAGGAAUUUGAUCAGUUAAAGGUAAGAGAUGAUGAAAUGGUAGAACUUGAUCAUCUUCUCCAUGAAUGUUACUUACAAGUUGGUUUAGGAUGUGAAAACACUGAAGGGAAAGUAAAUAUCUUACUACAGGCUGCUUUAUCAAGACUUCAAAUUGAAAGCUUUUCUUUAAUAUCUGAUCAAGCUUAUGUCAUGCAAAACGCUACUCGUAUAGCUAGAGCCUUGUUUGAAGUGUGCCUUCGCAAGAACUGGGCUAUGUUAGCUUCUUCUUUCUUAAGGAUUUCUAAAAUGUUGGAGAAACAAAUGUGGAGUUUUAACCCUCCUACCUACUAUAGCCCUCUGCAUCAAUUUCCUGAACUAAAUCGAGAUGUUCUGACUAGAAUUGACAAAGUGAGACAACCUAUUGAAAAUUUACAAGAUAUGAAUGCAGAAGAAAUUGGCUAUAAGCUUCGCUGUUUCAAGGAAAGGCAUAUCAUCAAAGACUGUCUGAAGCGCAUUCCAAAUCUAGAAAUUGAGCCUUUAGUGCAACCUAUUACUGACAGUAUAUUAAGAGUUACUCUGAAUAUCAAACCUGAUUUCAAAUGGUCUGAUAAACAUCAUGGAACUGGUUCUGAGCCAUUCUGGAUAUGGAUUGCUGAUCCAGAAACCGAUUCUAUCUAUCAUUUUGAAUAUUUCAUUCUUCCUAAGAAGCAGGUCAUCAAUGAAGAAACUCAGACUCUUGUGUUUACAAUACCACUUCCUAAGGAUGUGAGGCCUAGUCAGUAUUUGAUACGAGCUGUUUCAGAUCGGUGGCUUGGUGCAGACAGAGAAUUUGCAAUCUCUUUCCAGGACUUGAUUCUUCCUCAGCAUAAACAACCCCAUACAGAUCUUCUAAAUCUGCUUCCUCUCCCAAAGACUGCUCUAAAAAAUCCAUUGUAUGAAAGUUUAUAUAAAUUUGAUUACUUCAAUCCUAUUCAAACUCAGAUUUUUCACACUUUGUACCAUACUGAUCAUAAUGUGUUACUUGGAGCUCCAACUGGUUCUGGAAAAACUAUAGCUGCAGAAAUUGCUAUACUUCGAGUAUUUAAUGAAUACCCUGGUUCUAAGGUUAUUUAUAUUGCACCUUUGAAAGCUUUGGUGCGAGAAAGAAUUGAAGAUUGGAGGGUUAGAUUUCAACAGCAGCUUAGAAAGCGUGUGGAAGAGUUAACUGGUGAUGUUACUCCUGAUGCACAAGCAAUUGCGAAAGCAGAUAUAAUUGUAACUACACCAGAAAAAUGGGAUGGUGUUAGUAGAAGUUGGCAGACAAGGAACUAUGUUAAAGCAGUUGCUUUAAUUGUUAUUGAUGAAAUACAUUUGCUAGGGGAAGAUAGAGGUCCAGUUCUGGAAGUUAUUGUAUCCCGCACCAAUUUUAUUUCUGCUCAUACCCAGCGAAAUCUAAGGGUUAUUGGUCUAUCUACUGCUUUAGCAAAUGCAUCUGAUAUUGGUCACUGGCUUGGAAUAAAAGAUGUUGGACUGUAUAACUUUAGAUCAUCUGUGCGGCCUGUACAGUUGGAAAUUCAUGUUUCUGGACAUCAUGGAAAACAUUAUUGUCCUCGUAUGGCUUUAAUGAAUAAGCCAACUUUCCAAGCCAUUCAAACACAUUCUCCUGACAAACCAGCAUUGGUAUUUGUAUCAUCUCGACGACAGACACGCUUAACUGCAAUCGAUUUAAUUGCUUAUUUAGUUGCAGGAAAUAAUCAUCAACAGUGGGUACAUAUGGAUCAAGCAGAGAUGAGCUCAAUUGUUGAUCUGAUUCGAGAUCAAAACUUGAAAUUCACAAUCGCAUUUGGCAUUGGAAUUCAUCAUGCUGGUUUGCAUGAGCGUGAUCGAAAAAUAGUAGAAGAACUUUUCUUGCAUCAGAAAAUCCAAGUUUUAAUUGCUACAGCUACUCUGGCUUGGGGUAUCAAUUUGCCUGCUCAUCUUGUUGUUAUUAAAGGAACUGAAUAUUUUGAUGGGAAAGUUCAAAGAUAUGUAGAUUUUCCUAUUACAGAUGUAAUGCAAAUGGCUGGUAGAGCUGGUCGUCCACAGUUUGAUACUACAGGUGUUGCUGUUGUUUUAGUGCAAGAUAUUAAAAAGAACUUCUAUAAGAAAUUUUUGCAUGAGCCUUUCCCAGUUGAAUCUAGUCUAAUAAAAGUAUUACCUGAGCAUAUAAAUGCUGAAGUUGUUGCUGGUACUAUUGGUUCCAAACAGCAAUGUUUAGAUUACAUAACUUGGACUUAUUUAUUCAGGAGACUUCUUCAAAAUCCUGGUUAUUAUGGAUUGGAAAGUUUAGAAGGAGAAGAAAUCAAUAAAUUUCUGUCGGGUCUUAUUAACCAAUGUCUUGGCACUCUAGCAGAGGCUGGAUGUUUAGCUAUUGAUGAUGAUGAAAGAACUGUUUCUCCAACAGUAUUAGGAAAGAUUUGCUCCUAUUAUUAUCUAAAUCAUAGAACAAUCUUGUGGUUUACUCAGAAAUUAUACAAAGAAGCUACAAUUGUAGAUAUGCUAAACAUUCUCUGUGGUACUACUGAAUAUGAAGAACUUCCAGUUCGUCACAAUGAAGAUGCCAUUAAUAAAGAUCUGGCUCUAAGAUGUCUGCUAGAAGUUGACUCAUUCACUUAUGAUAGUCCUCAUACAAAAGCUAACUUAUUACUCCAAGCUCAUUUCAGUCGACUUCAACUGCCAUGUACUGAUUACUAUACAGAUCUGAAGUCUGUUCUCGAUCAAGCCAUCCGUAUAAUACAGGCUAUGAUUGAUGUUUCUUCUGAUAAAGGAUGGCUUGCUCCUACUCUCUUGUCUAUGACUCUGCUGCAAAUGAUAUUGCAGGCACGGUGGCAUGAUGACAAUACAUUGCUCACAUUACCUCACAUUGAAACGAAGCAUUUACCUUUGCUGAGGUUCAGUACAGAUAAGAGAAAUGAUGUAGAAAAAGAACCCAUUGAAUCUUUGCCUUUACUCAUAUCUAUAAUUACUAACAAUUAUGAAUUGCUGGAAUCUGCUCUUUGGGAUGUUUUGGAAGAAUCAAAGAUGCAAGAUAUCUAUCAAACUUUGACAACAUUGCCUGUCAUCAGUUUGAGUGCUGCUAUUAAAGGUUGGUGGGAUGAAUCAUCUAAUGAAGAAAUGAGAUCUUUGAAUCUAAAAGAAUUUCAUGGCAGACGACCAGAUGCUCAUUGGUUGGAUGUUCAUGCUGAUCAAGAAUAUGUACUAAAUGUGAAUUUGCAAAGAUUGAGCAAACCAAAGGGUGACAGAAAAGCCAUUGCUCCUAAAUUCCCAAAACAAAAAGAGGAGGGCUGGUUUCUUGUCCUGGGAAGUGUUGAAGAAAAGGAAUUGAUAGCUAUGAAAAGGGUGCCUUAUAUUUUUAACAAAGCUCAACAGCAGCUUGUGUUUUAUACUCCUGAGAAGACAGGCAGAGUUUUAUACAAACUUUAUUUUAUAAGUGACAGUUACCUUGGUUUGGACCAAGAAUAUGAUAUUUGCUUGAAUAUCAUCGAGCCAAGCAUAAGAGCUCAAGUUAAUACAGAAGUUCUGUCUGAAUCGGAAUCCAGUUCCGAGGAGGAGACAUGACCAUUUUUUUUUUAAUAUUAAAGCAACAAAUUUUUCUAAUUGUAUUUAAAAUGUAAAUAACGUGUGUAAAAUUAAAAGGAAGACUGUAAAUUUGUAAAGAAGAAAAUUUUAGGGAUAUUUUUUUUUUGUUUAUAAUCUGCAUUUUUAUGAACCAAUCACAAACAUGUUUCAGUUAUUAAAUAGAUACAUAGUACAAUAACAUGUCAUUUUUUUUUUCAUAUUGUAAAAAAAAGGAAAUGCUAACUGAUAUUUAAUUUGCUAUUUUCAAUAAAAAGAAUUGCCAUUUCUUUUCUGUUUGUAUGAUUCUAGGUUAUAUGAUAAAUUAAUGUAAUUGGCCUUUUCAGUUGAUUUAGCUUUUUCUGGUUUGUUUUUUCAGCUUAUACCUACGUCAAGUGCCCUGCCAUGUCCCAAGAAUGGUCUUUUAAAAUAUCUACUUUAUUACUUCAAUAAAUUAUCUUUAUUUAAUCAAACAUAGUUUAAUAUAUAACCUUUGAAUUCAGUGUCCAACGGCUAAUUUGUAAACAUUUAAUAAUAGAAAU